AUGUACCGGACCUUAAUACUCCUCACCACCUACCUGGUAGCAUUAGCCACCAGCCAAACCCUAACCCCAGGAAACACACCCACGAACCCAGACACAGGCGCAGUGCUACCUCCACCCGGCUUCCAAAUCUUACCCAGGAAGGGCCCCUCCAAAAAUCCGCCCCCAAAAUCACCCCUGCAGCAGGAAUGCAAAGACGUCAAGGUCAAAGCAGGUCCCUCGGUUUCUAAAGGACACCCGGAACAGCAACUCUUGACGGCAUUCUGCCGCAUCCCGGGAUCACAGAAAACCCAGUACUCCGAGCUGAGCCUGGACCGUUGUCUUGGGUGGCACAAGAAUAGCGAUGGCGGUGGAAGAUUUGUCGCAAUGAAGCAUGGUGGAGGACUUUCGAAGGCAGGCGGGGAGUGCUCGACUUGUCGGUAUCUAAAUUCUAACCCUAAUCUGCUAUGCUAUUGCGCGAAGGUGCGGCAGAAUGAGAUGACCUAUAUGAACCCGGUUACGGCCACGUGGACGGGUGCCGUCCUUUAUAACUUGUUUGAGGCGCUCCAAGGCGGGAAGUUUUUGAUAGAAGUCAAUGAGAAGGGGGUUCUCUCAUGCCAUGGGAUAGCCGGGGAGUCCAAAUAA